AUGGCUGAAAUUUCAAAGAUUUUAGGCCUCAUGGUCAUUAUAUUGGUUUUGGCAAAACUUGGUGUUGCUCAAAAACGCAAAAACCUCCAAAUCCAAAAUAUUUCUCACGAUUGCAAUAAGGAAUAUAUAUCUGAGUUUUACAUACGUGCUAAUAAUGACAGCGCAACUUUGGACAUUAAAGCUGCAGUUAUCAAAGCCAUGACCAGACCUUUAUGGUUGGAAUUCAAUAUGUUCAUUAAGGGGACCAAGAAGGCAGACUUUAAUAGGAUUGUUGGAUUCGAUAUCAAUGUAUGUGAUGUGCUGGAGAAAGCCAAUAAUCCCCUUCUUAGUACUUGGAUAGACAUCAUUUUUAGACAAGGCAAUAUGGAUAAGAAAUGCCCCAUGAAGGAGGGCACCUACCACUGGAAGCAAUUUAAAAUUGAUAAAGACACAAUACCCCAUUUCAUUCUUAAAGGCUUUUAUCGCAUUGGCGUAUUGGGCUAUGAUAAGAGAGGCAGAGAUAAAGAAAUGAUAUUAAAUGUUACUUUAUAUGCUUCCAUAAAAAUGAAGUAA